GCGUGGGCACUCGGCAACCCCGCGCAUUCCUCCUGCCGAUCGGCCCUGCUGCUGCUGAGGCUGAGCACCUCGGCUCGUUCCUCCGCGUUGCUGCUUGACGACCCGAGAGAAGAGGACACCGUGUCGUCGUUGCUCUUGCGGGGUGGCUCCCAAGUUGUUGUGGGCUCGAAGUAUUGUCUUUUUCUUUGGCUUUGGUUUGAAGUUUGGUUGUCUUCUUCGUGCGCCGCAUUUUUUGAUUUGCCGUGCGAGUUUUGAUUGGCCAUCGGGUCGUCCGUCCACCAGCAGCUUCGGAGCUCGACGUCUCGCAUAAACUCGUUGCUGCUGCUGGAGUGAUAUCUGGUGGGUGGAGUUCGCGGGCGAAUCCAUCGGGUUUUGCGCAGUGUUCUGCUGCUUGCGGAGCUUGCAACCAGCUGAGUGAUCGUAGUUAUUCUGCCUGCGGAAACGGGUGCUGCCAGAUAGAAUAUGCAGUGAAGGAGCGGGCAAAAUGAGGCGGAGGGAAGGAGUCCCUGGCAGGAAUCCCGAGCGCGCGUGGAACAACUGGGAGCGGCUGAUUCAGAAGGCGCUGAGGUCGGAGGAAUUGAAGUUUAGUGUCGCAGGUGGAGAUGACUUGGGGGGUGUGGUCCCAACUUCCUUGGGACAGGAGUCCAGUAACAUCAAUCUCAUUCUUCAGGUUGCGGAGGAAAUUCAACGGGAUAAUCCCCACGUCGCCCGUAUACUGUGCGAGUAUGCUUACACGAUGGCGCAGAAAUUGGAUCCUCAGAGUGAGGGAAGAGGUGUCCUGCAAUUUAAAACCGGAUUGAUGUCAGUUAUUCGGCAAAAGCAAUCCAAAAAAGAAGGAGAAAGGAUCGACAGGAGUCACGAUAUCCUUCAAAUUCAAAGGUUCUAUGAAGAUUACAGGUCACGGAAUAUGAUCGAUGAGUUGGAGAAAUUGCAGCAACAAAGAGGGAGGAGACUAUCCGAGGAUCCCAACGAGGCCCAGCGCCGAGCCCAGACCAUGAAAAAGGUUUAUCAGAUUUCCAAGGUUCUGAAUGAUGUGCUGAAUUCUCUUACGAGGGACUCGACCGAGGAAGAAAAAGACAAGCUUAUAUCCAAAGAGACGAAAGCAACAAUGGAGUCAGCUGCCGCGAAGACUGCGGAAUUCAAACCUUUCAACAUAUUGCCAUUAGAGACACCAGGUGUAUCAGAUACAAUCCUCUUGAUAGAUGAGGUUAGAGCUGCUGCUUUGACUUUGAGUUAUUAUGAUGAACUGCCAAGGCUUCCCGAAAGUGCUUACAAGGCAGGACUGCAGAGGGACGUAGAUAUAUUUGAUCUACUGGAGUACAUCUUCGGAUUUCAGAUUGGUAAUGUGAACAAUCAACGGGAACAUCUUAUCCUUCUACUUUCUAACUCGCAGUCUGCCUUUGGUCCACCUUCUCGUGGCAGCGAGGUUGACGGGGAUGCGGUCAAGCGUUGUUAUGAUCGUCUUUUGGACAACUACAACAAGUGGUGCCAGUAUCUAAGGAUAACGGCAGUGACCGAGAGCGCUGCGGGUGACUCUCAUAAGAUGGUGCUAUUGACGGCUAUGUAUCUGCUAAUUUGGGGAGAAGCUGCCAAUUUACGCUUUCUUCCUGAAUGCCUUUGUUACAUAUUUCACCAUAUGGUGAAAGAACUGUACGGUCUUCUAGGCAACGCCAACGCACAACGUUCUAUGAAUUAUGUCGAGGGAUCAGACUGCCCAUUUCUAGAUAAAAUUGUUACUCCUCUAUAUUCAGUUAUUGCCGCGGAGGCAGCGAACACUCAAGACGGAAAAGCAUCUCAUGCAGCUUGGAGAAAUUACGAUGACUUCAACGAAUACUUUUGGUCCCCUCGGUGUCUCGAGAGUCUUUCUUGGCCCUGGCGUCCAGACGCUGGAUUCAUGAUGAAACCUAAUACCAAGAAGAUGAAAGGAGGUGUUAAUGCGGUGCCAGGGCGGAAGAAAGAGAAAAAAGUUGGGAAGAUGACCUUUGUUGAACAUAGGACGGGUUUCCAUGUCUACCACAGUUUUCACCGCCUUUGGAUUUUCUUCACUGUCAUGCUUCAGGGUAUGAUGAUAUUCGCUUUUUGCGAUGAGAAGUUUACCCCUAACACUUUCAAGAAGAUGCUGAGUGUUGGUCCGACAUUCGUCAUUAUGAAGCUGAUACAAUCUCUCCUCGAUAUUUUCUUCAUCUACGGUGCUUAUGCAUCUACUCAAGGAUGGACGUUUUCACGAAUUUUUGCUCGAUUGGCGUGGUUUGGGGGGUUGUCUGGCUCAAUCACCUGGCUUUUCGUGAAAAUGAUCCAGGAAGAGAAUACCGGAACUGGAUCAACUUGGUAUCACUUGUACCUUAUUGUUCUAGGAUCGUACACAGGAGCGCAGGUUGUUGUUACUCUCCUCAUGCGGAUACCCUUUUUCCGCCGACAAGCGGAUAAGUGUGGAGAUUGGGCUAUCAUCAGAUUCAUCAUGUGGGUUCAUCAGGAUCGAUACUUCGUGGGGCGUGGCUUAUAUGAGAGGACUCGAGACUAUGCCGGGUACUCAGCCUUUUGGAUAUUUGUAUUAGCUUGCAAGUUCUCAUUCAGCUACUACUUUCAGGUCAGAGCUUUAGUUUCACCCACGAAGACUAUUGUUCUUCAACGUUUUGAAUACAAGUGGCACGACUUUGUCUCUCGAAAUAACCAUAACGCUCUCACGAUUGGAGCUCUUUGGGCUCCCGUUAUUCUGAUUUACUACCUCGAUACACAAGUAUGGUACACCGUGGUAUCUGCAAUUGUCGGCGGUCUUGACGGAGCCAGGGCUCGGCUUGGUGAGAUUCGAACACUCAGCAUGUUACGUAAGCGAUUUUCAUCUUUUCCCGAGGCUUUUGCAACCAACUUGGUUUCAUCUCGGCUCGGUCGAGGAGAGAAGAACCCUGGAUCCUCACCCGCUCAGGUUAAUUGGAGCAUGCAAAAAGUCCAGGCUGUCAAGUUUGCCCCAAUGUGGAAUGAGAUUAUCAACUGUUUGCGGGAGGAGGAUUAUAUCGGCAAAAAAGAAAGGGAACUUCUUGUAAUGCCAAAAAACCAAGGGUCUGGCACAUUGGUGCAGUGGCCGCUUUUCUUACUAGCGAACAAGGUGUACUUGGCUGUGGAAAUGGCGCAAGACGCUAAGCUCUUGAACCAAACGCAAUUGUGGGAGAAAAUAUGCAAAGAUGAGUACAUGGCCUAUGCCAUCGAGGAAGCUUACAAGCUUUUUGAAGAGGUUUUGAAAAGUCUCGUGAGAGAAGAUGUAUCUCAGAUAUGGGUUAAGGGUGUAUUCAACGAUGUUGGCGCGGGAAUACAGGAGAGCGCUCUUGUUGGCCACUUUUAUCUCAAGAAGGUUGAUAGUGUGCUGGCCAGAGUUACGGAUCUUACACAACUGCUGGAACGUGAAGAGACAGAUAAGCUCAGGUCACAAGUUGUAUUGGCGAUGCAAAAUCUUUAUGAAUCUGUCAUGAAUGACUUUUUCACGACCGAACUCAGGGAGAGGAUAGAGGAGUUUAGAGCUUUGAAGGACGCCAGAAUCGAGAAUAAACUUUUUAUAAACCUCACAUGGCCCACUACAGAUCGGGAGAAAGAGAAUGUGAAGAGGUUGCAUCUCCUGUUGACUAUCAAGGAAUCUGCAGCUAACAUUCCUCGAAAUUUGGAGGCUAGACGUAGGAUGGAGUUUUUUGCCAAUUCACUCUUCAUGGAUAUGCCCAAACCGCCUUCAGUUCAAAGGAUGCUAUCUUUCAGUGUUUUUACACCAUACUACGCAGAAGACGUCCUUUAUAGUAAGGAUAAAUUGACGGAGGAGAAUGAGGAUGGAAUUAGUAUCCUCUUUUACCUACAGAAAAUUUUUCCAGAUGAGUGGAAAAACUUUUUGGAAAGACAGGGUCUGACCAAUGCACUCAUGGAGAGACAAAUGGAAGAUAAAAAGAACGACUGUCAAGAACUGCGAUUGUGGGCUUCAUAUAGAGGGCAAACUCUGGCAAGGACAGUCCGAGGAAUGAUGUACUACAAGAAAGCGCUAAUCUUGCAGAGCCUUCUGGAAGGAACCUCAGAUGUCGAGGAAGGAGGUGUUCUGGGAACUACACUCGAAGAGAGUCCAGGAUACAGGAUGGCAAGUGCCAUUGCUGAGACGAAGUUCACAUAUGUUGUGACUUGCCAAAUAUAUGGGCAGCAGAAGGAAAGGCGUGAAGAUCAAGCUAAAGAUAUCCUCUACCUGAUGAACAAGUAUGAUUCCUUGAGAAUUGCCUAUGUGGAUAUAGUGGAUAAGAUGCAAGAAGACAAGGAAACUAAGGAGUAUAAGUCUAUCAAAGAAUACUACUCGAAACUCAUCAAAGCGGAUGCCGACGGAAAGGACCAGGAAAUAUACUCAAUCAAAUUACCUGGACAAUUCAAACUUGGAGAAGGAAAGCCUGAAAACCAGAACCAGGCCAUUGUUUUUACUCGCGGUGAUGCUUGUCAAACCAUCGAUAUGAAUCAGGACAACUACUUUGAAGAGGCAUUUAAGAUGCGAAAUUUGUUGGAGGAGUUCAACUCCACUGACAGUCUACGAAGGCCCACCAUACUUGGAAUACGUGAACAUGUUUUCACUGGAAGUGUGUCCUCGCUCGCCUGGUUUAUGUCACAACAAGAGACGAGUUUUGUGACCCUUGGUCAGCGAGUCUUGGCACGCCCUCUGAAGGUGCGAAUGCAUUACGGUCACCCAGAUGUAUUCGACAGAAUCUUCCACAUCACUCGUGGGGGUAUUAGCAAAGCUUCCAGAACGAUCAAUAUCAGUGAGGACAUCUACGCAGGUUUCAACUCCACCCUCCGUCAAGGAAAUAUUACCCAUCAUGAGUACAUUCAGGUUGGCAAAGGACGUGAUGUCGGUCUUAAUCAAAUUGCAAUGUUCGAAGCAAAAGUUUCCAGUGGAAACGGUGAGCAAAUUCUCAGCAGAGAUGUGUUCCGGCUGGGUCAGCUCUUUGACUUCUUUCGUAUGUUCUCCUUCUUCUACACCUCAGUGGGUUACUACAUCACCACGCUGAUGACAACCUUGGUCGUGUACGCGUUUCUGUACGGGAAAGUAUACCUGGCUCUUUCCGGAAUGGACAGGCAAUUACAAGAUUUUGCUGAUAUCAACAACAAUAAAGCUCUGGAGUCAGCCCUCAACACCCAGUUCUUGCUGCAAAUUGGUGUCUUCACAGCUAUCCCAAUGAUAAUGAAUUUUAUCCUAGAGCAAGGAGUUUUGAAGGCCGUCAUCAGCUUUUUAACUAUGCAGCUCCAACUCUGUUCCGUGUUCUUCACCUUUUCGCUUGGGACGAAAACGCACUUCUUUGGCAGAACAGUACUUCAUGGAGGUGCCAAGUAUCGGGCUACUGGACGAGGGUUCGUGGUUCAACAUAUCUCAUUUGCAGAUAAUUAUCGUCUGUACUCUCGGAGUCACUUCAAUAAAGCAUUAGAGAUUUCUAUGCUGCUCAUCACGUACCUGUCGUAUGGGGAAGACAAUAGAGGAGUCUCCUACAUUCUGCUUUCUUUCAGCAGUUGGUUCAUGGCGCUGUCAUGGCUCUUCGCUCCAUACAUAUUCAAUCCUGCCGGGUUCGAGUGGCAAAAGACUGUUGAGGAUUUCGACGAUUGGACCAAUUGGCUAUUCUACAAAGGAGGCAUUGGAGUCAAGGACAAUGAAAGUUGGGAAUCCUGGUGGGAAUCCGAGCAGGAACACAUUCGUACUCUUCGUGGACGAUUCUGGGAGAUAGUGUUAAGUCUGCGUUUCUUUUUCUUCCAAUAUGGAGUCGUGUACUCACUCCAAGUUUCGGGAACAUCUACCAGCUUAUCGAUAUAUGGGUACUCCUGGCUUGCGUUCUUCAUUAUGAUCGUCUUAUUCCAGAUCUUUACUUUUACAAACAAAUCGUCUGUCAAGUUCCAACUUUUCUUGAGGCUUUUCCAAGGGGGCCUCUUUCUGGCUUUAAUUGCCUCUAUCGCCGUGACGAUCGCCUUCACAUCGUUGAGUGUCGGUGACUGCUUUGCAAUGUUGCUGGUCUUUAUUCCCACCGGCUGGGGUGUCCUUUCUAUUUGUCAAGCUUUGAGGCCGAUCUUGGAGCCGCUGGGUGCUUGGAACGCCGUCCGUUCUGGUUUCAGAUUAUAUGACGCGAUGAUGGGCGCGGUCAUCUUCACUCCCAUUGCCAUCCUCUCUUGGUUCCCCUUCGUGUCUACUUUCCAGACGAGGCUUGUAUUCAAUCAAGCUUUCAGUCGUGGUUUGGAGAUAUCUCUCAUCCUUGCCGGAAAUCGACCUAAUGCUAGUACCUAGAUGCCAAGAAAUGUCAUAUCAGGUCUCGAAGAAACUGUUAGCUAGGGUUGACAGAUACGUAUUGGCAGCGGCGCAGCAAGGUUGUAAGGUGUUCAUCGGAGAUAGUUUAGUCAGGAAUGUAACAAAUACAAUUUUGCGAGCUACCUGUUCCGAUCUGCCGAAGGUACUCGUUUGAAGGUCAUUUAGAAGACAAGGCUGGACUUGGAUUCAGUGCCUGGUGUAGAUCAAAAGCAAAGUAUUCUCUGCUGUGGUGGCUAUAUUCUUUUGUAUAGGAAGAGGUUUUUGUUGUCUCCUCGGAAUGUGAUUUUUUUUAUGAAGGGAUGAAUGGAAAUUGAUAAAGUUGA